CUAAAGUGUCAUCACUAAGCCAUUUAUACUUAAUGAACUAUUUAUUGUUCACCGGUAUGUAUCCGAUGAUCUAGUUUAUUUGAAAUAUUAAUCAUAUUCAAGAAAAACAUAAAAUAUGGUAUUAGCACUGACGUCAUGUAGCUGCUCCUCCGCUAACCUGGCAUCUUGGUCGUUCGUAGCUCUGAGCGCCGUGUGCCAGAAUUCAGAAGGGACCCCAAUCUGAUAACGCGCCGUACGACGGUCGGGUACCGGCGCCAACCUUAUUCCUCGCUUCACACAUCUUCACUCUUUAUAACAUUUAAUCGCAGGUCUGAUCCUACUUUUCUUAUAGUAUCAUUCAACGGUAGCUAUUUUUAUCAGUCCAACCCACGUGGCUUUCUCCGACAGAAGAAAAGCGCACCGUUAUCAGUCAAACGUCAAUCCAAGCCUUUGCCGAUCAAUCAGAGAUUAGAACAGAACCCCCAGGAACCUCUUACCAAACUUACAAUACGAUGGGAUUCCUCAACAGAAGCAGCUCUAAGAACAGAGAGCCGGCCGACAAGCCGCCGACGGCACAGCUCAAACUGGUGUCCCUUGCUGACAACACCGACACCACGCCGUCCGACUCGGAUGAAGAGCCCGUCAAAAAGCAGUACCCAAAGGAACAGGUGCCUUCCCCGUUCACCUACCGCUCCAACAGUCCGUCACGAUAUGCUGCCAUUAAGGCCCAGAUUUUGGAGGACAUUGCGCAGGACGACGAGACCAACGCUAAUACGGCACUCAACUCGCAGAUAUUCAACGGCGAGAACGACGACAAGGCGCGUUUUUAUCAACUUCAGUCGGCAUCCAACUCAUCCGACUUGUUGAUCGACGAGCAGUCGCGGUUGUACUUUGACACGGAGUCGCGUGUGAGCUCUCCGCCACCUGGGACGGUUUCGCCAUCGGGCCGCAACCACUCGCACCACUUGGACGCCAUUGCGAAUUUGUCGUCGAUUGAUGCCAUCACGCUCAAGCAGGAACAGAAAAAGUCGGUUGCGGGCUUGCUUAACCACUCGCCGCUCCAGUCGACCUCAUCUCUCCAGUCGACCUCGUCACUCAAGUCGCCUGCGCUGGACGGCGUCGCGACCCCAAAAUAUGACCGCCGCAUCACCUUCGAUGCGAUCUCCGACCAGGCAUUGCUGAAAAACUUGUCGCUCACGUUGAAGUCGAAACACCCGCAGUUCCACUUCCACAGAGUCAACAAAACGUACCUUGUGGGCUUCGACAACCAACUGCCUGCCGUCAACGCGUUGAAGUGGGUUAUUAACGAUUCCUCGUCCAACGGGGACACGAUUGUCGUAUUGUGGGACUUGUACCAUGACAAUGACCCGAAGUCACACGCAAGGAAGCCGACGCAAACGACGAUCACCAGACCCGAGGCGGAGCGCAUCUUGGCCAAGAUUGAGAACUUGAACAUAAAGGGCAAGAGGUUGCAGUUUGUGCUUGAGAUAGUGUUGAAAGGCGACAGGCCCAAGGGAGAGAUUCAGAAGGCGAUUAUCGAGUACGACCCCGCAUAUUUGGUUGUUGGAACAUCCCAUCAGGUAAACAGUAGCCCCACCGCUAACUCCCAUAAGGAAUCACACACCAAGAUGUUUUGGAAGAACAACUCGUUAUCGAAACACUUCUUGGAGAGCUCCGCAUGUCCCUGUAUCGUCGUCCAGCCUAAUUACCAGGCGCUCCCGGAGGAACACUUCCAUGAUAUUAUCACGGAAGACUACUUUGCCAGACUCUUGGGCGAGAUACACAGACCAAAAAAGACUGCAGGGCGUGGUUUCUUAUCACGAUCCUCCUCCAGCACCAAUGUAGUGACGGUAGGCAGUGCGGAAAGAAGCAGCAGGUCCUCAAUAUCUUCCUCCAGACCAUCCAGUGCAUACUAUGAACAGUCCCCACUUUCUCCAGUGGGCUCCAACUCUGGAAAACCCGACGACGGGCUAGUCCCGGGGUCCAAAAACUCCAUCGCCCAACAACGUGGCAGACCCGCUCUAUCUUCUAGACCAUCAUCUGAGUUGUUCCUGAGCUUGGGCUCGCGCUCUAGAUCGCGGUCCACGCAGCCUGAGACCCAGCACCCGGCCGAACGCUCCUUCAGUCCUUUCAGAUCGAUUUUCCACAAGGGUUCACAUGCCAAUUAAUAGUUUGUGGUUAAAGAUGUAGGUAUCUAGCAUGGGGCAUUUGGCAUUAUUAUAGAUAUCCGAACCUGUCCAUUCGUCAGAACCUGCUCACUUAUUAUAAUCUUAUGAAACGCGUACUACAAUGCACGAGUACCAGA